CACAAGCUCCCUGCAGCUGGCUGCAAGCAAAAUCAACUCAGUUCAGAAGUGAUUGUGAGCGCGAGAGGCGCAACGCAGAGAGGACAGACGGGGGAAGAAGUGCGACUUGCUGCACGCUUUUCGCAGCAGGAAUGUAAGCCAUCUGUUGUGUGAGCGAAUGGAUUACUUUUUAGAAAGAGGAACUACUUUCAAAGACUCUGGAUGUUUCAAACGCUUCGACUCUGGAUUGGACUGCGUGAGAAAGAAAGUCUUCCUCCCAAGACUUAGUGGAGGACAAAAAUGCAUUCUUUUGCACAGAUGAAUGGGCAGCAUCAACAGGUUGGACUACCCUCACACGCUUUUCAAGCUGCUGCUCCACUUGCCCAGGAUGCAACGAGAAAUCGAGUUUGGUCUUCAGGGCACACAUAUAAUUACGUAACAAUAAACUCCAGUGUCCAACCAUCAGAGAGGGCUAACGUCACCUCACACAAUGGAGUUUAUUCUAACAGACAGGUGGCAAACUGGCAGAACUCUGCUGCUCCUAAUCGGACAGUAAAUUCUCAAAAUGGUGCAAAGUCUGCUAGUCCUUUACUCCAAAUGAUGCUUCAAAAUGUGCAUUCUGCAGAGAAUUCACAAACGGGACAUUCUCUUACAGCUAUGGAUGGAUUUCCAGCCACUUGCAUUAAAACAUUUUAUCAAAAUUCCGCAAACCAGAAUCCACAAAAUACAAUCAACAAAAACACUACGUACCCCCAGCAAGACGCCGCUCGGCUGCAAAAUUUUCAUCAAAAUUCAGCAAACCAGAGUCCACAAAACACAAUCAAUACAAAUUCUGUGUACCCUCAUCAAGACACUGCUCAGCUACAAACUUUCCAUCAAUAUUCAGCAAACCAGAGUCCACAAAACACAAUCAAUACAAACUUUGCAUAUCCCCAGCAAGACACAGCACGGCUGCAAACUUUUUAUCAAAAUUCAGCAAACCAAAGUCUACAAAACGCAGUCAACACAAACUCUGCUUACCCCCAGCAAGACGCUGCUCGACUGCAAACCUUUUAUCAAAAUUCAGCAAACCAGAGUCCACAGAACACAAUCAACACUACAUACCUCCAGCAAGACAUGUCAUCUUGUAGGAAAUCUUCGACUGCGGUUAACAUAAUACAAAGAACUGGUGUUCAGGCUGGUCGAGUGGCGUCUCAUCUCCAACCAAAAGUUGUUCAGCAAUGUUUGUAUCAAAAUGCAAACAGAGGCCUAACAAAAGGCGUUUCUGCGUACAGUACAGCAGCUGCUUCACUUCCGCAUGAACAAGUAGUUAAUUCCAGCAUGUUGGUUCCUGCUGCAGUACACAACGGACAGGCAGUUCAGGCAGCUCAUAAUCAGAUUCGAAGACAGGAUAACACUGAGCAAAGAUUUCCUCCAAGCUACCUGUCAAGUCAAGGCAUUGCAACCUCUCAGUCUUCUGGAACUAACAGCAUGACAGCACAGCCAUCAAACACACAGACUUUGUGUGCUUCCAACAUGAGUCAAAAAACUCAAGAAAACAAAGGUCUAACAAGCUUUCCAAUUAAGAACUUGACAAAUACUAGCUCUAAAAACAUAAUUAAACAGUUUUUAGCCAGGCACAUGGGUGCAAAUAAGCUUCCUACAUGUCCUAAUGUUGCACCACAGCAAAUCUCCAGACCCAAAGACACCACCGACAGCCAAUGCAUGUCGCCCACUGCUGGAUCCGAUGGUUAUCCUCCUCAUCCUCCUCCUCCUUACAACAUGCACCAGCAUGUUGGCAUGGCAAGACAGUCUAAUUUAAACAUGCAAACUGUAACCCCUGUUUCCUCCUCUGAAGGUUUUAAAAUGAAUGUCAGCCAGUCCUUAUCACGCCACUCUGGACAAUCUUUGCCUCAAAGCAUUGUGUCAAAAGCACUGCACACUGUAAAUGCACAACCUCCCCACAGUUGUUUUCCAGAUGUUUCAAGUGUUGCCACAGUAGAAAAUGAAAGUACAAGAGGUGAGACAGACCAGGCAUAUCUUCCAAACAAUGAUGUGUCCUCAGGAGGGAGCUCAGUUGGAUCGCUAAAUAAUGCACCACAACUGAUGAAUGCAUCUGGAACAGUGUCAUCACAGAGAAUCAUGAACAUAAGAAGCUAUCUAGCAAAACAUCCGGAGACAAUCAAACUUUUGGGGUAUCCCAUUACAGUCCUGCAGAAUGAUGGCUCUUCUCACUCAACACCCAGUCACACAGGUGCAAGGGUUGUUGCUGUUGUGCAGCCAUUGUCACAAGAGAACGGCGCUACCUUUUUGAACACCAAACCCUGUGAAUCCGAAACGAACCCAGAGAAAGACUGCAUUUCACCUGAUGUGGCAAAAAAUAAGGAGGUGGCAUGCAUGACAGAAAAAUCUUGUCUUCAUGCAGGAAAUCCAAAUCAAAAAAGCUCCAUUAAAGCAAAGUCUAAUGUUGCAAUUUUGAACUCUUCAGAUUCAGAGCCUCACAACUUGACCAGUACAUCUGAGCCUGAUGUUGAAGCAGCAGCGCAAAACCCCUCAGAAGUAACAGCAAGCCAGAGCUGUCCAACAGAGCAAAAUAAAAGGGCUACACCUCCCUCACCAACUGUUCCUGAUCUUUCUUCCCUUCCAGCAACCUCUUGGACGACCAAGGAUUUAACAGAAUUAAUACUGAAGAUUGAAAAAGCUCAGAAAAAGGAGGAAGAUGUUUCAAAGCCUCAAUCAGUCAAAUUAGUGCAUACAUUAUGGAAAGCAGGUUUGUCCACAGAUCCUAAUUUCUACAAGCCUGGCUGGCAAAACGAUUUUCUCUCAAAAGUGGAAAAAUAUUGUGAAAUACACGUCACGGAAGAAACUGUUGUACUGUCAGAACUUAAGCAGCACCAACUCAAGGACUACCAUGUUCUUAAAGAUGAUGAAGUCUAUUCAGAACCACCUUACAAAUCGUUGUGGUUGAAUGUAAAUGAUCAGCUAGAUGAUAUUGAUAAAGAAUUUGGCUUCCCUUGGGUUUUCAAGCAUCAUCAAUAUGUGCUUGAUAGCGACAGCCGGAUGGAUCAGGCCGACAGUGUUCCAGAACCAAUUGCAAAUAAGGAGCCAAACGCAGUCUUAACAGAGUCUGAGUCCACUGGCUGGAUUGAAGAAAAACAAACUCCUUCUGUUGAGACUCCCUCAAUUCCACUUGCCUCCCCAAAUGAAUCCGAAAGUGACGAUUUGACCGACUCACCUUACUCAUUUAAGAUUCAUGUUUUAGCCCCAGAUGAAGCCAAAGCGCUAUAUGAGCGAAUAGAAAAAAAUCUGCAUCAGAUUGAUUUUGAGGAACUGACAGGAGCUGUCGUGAAUAAUUCUGCACAGAAUGUGGCACCAAAGAAAAUGGAUGCUGUGAAAGAAUCUGUUGAAUUGAUCAGAUCAACAAGUGACCAGAUUGACCAGAUUUGCUGCCUUGCAAAGCUAAUGGAAAUGCAAUCAGGAUUAAGAAAACCAUCUUUGAAAUGCCAGUGCCAAGAGGAUCAAAGUCAUCCUAAAAAGAACCCUAUUCCUGACACUGAGAGUCCAGGAAAGAGCCAGGAGGACAGCUGUCAAAUUAUAUCAUUAAGUGGCCCAGAGCUUUGCGAGCAAAUCUGUCAUAUCAUUGGCUUAACUGACAACGAGGACAAACACCACCCAUCUACUGAUCAAGAGCCAAUAAUAAUUUCCGAGGACAGCAACAGCGACCAGUCAGAUGUUGGUGGAAGUGACGAAGAUGACUGUCAGUUUAACAGGGAACCCGUCCUUCCAAAUGAGAUGCCAAAUGAGAAAGCAGAAUUUGUGGACGAGUGUGCACAAGAAGCGUUGAAACCAGCAGGAACCAUGCAGUUGAGUGCUUCAGUCAUCAGUGCCGAACAAACUGAAGUUGCAGAAUUGUCCAGCACUGAAAAUGAAGUCAGCUUCCAGAUGCUGGACCAGAAAAAGGACUGCGGAGAAGGGCAACUACAACCUAAAGAGGUGGUAGAGUCAUCGCUACAAUCCAAAGAGGAAACCCAAAUUGAUGAAAAAGUUACCAAUCAAACAUCUUCCAGCUGCCAUCUUGAACAUGGAACUCUUGUAACAAAACAGAAAAGACAAAGCAGUCUUGAUCAGUGUUUCCCAUCCUUAAAGGAAUCAAAGAAAUGCAAAGUACCCGUUGAUCCGGACUUGCAGAAUGUUUCUGAUGUUCAACGUUCAGCCUCAGAAGUAAAAACUGUAGAACUGGUUUUGUUUGGCUCAGCGAAACAUGAAAAAGGUGCUUUAUCAAGGAACACAAAAAGCCACAUUUCCUCUUCAGCGAAGUUGCCGUAUGAAAACACACCUCCAACAGUUCUGUCUGUGAAUCUUAACCAUUUGAGGAGGAAUUCUGUUGAAGCUCCCAGUGCCCCAGAUUACUCUGUCAAAAAGUUAAUCUAUGAAAAAUGGAGGAAAAGCUUGCCACCCAUGAGCCUGUCAAUGGCAAGGGGGCACAGAAAGAAAUGGAAAAUACAAAGAAGUUUUUCUGCCCCUUUGUAUACAAUGAGUCUGAAAAGGAGGAAACAGCCAGUUCCAUCUGAAAUGAUAGUUUCUGAUGGAAAUGGCAAGUGUCGUCUGAAGCGGAAGAGGAGGUCCCUCUCUAACUGGCACAGCCCUAAAGAGGUGAAGAAGAGGAGGUACAGCGUAGUGCUUGGACAGCCUGCUGAUAAGGAGAGAAGCAACACUGAAAAUGAAAGCCAGGAUGCCAUGCCACUCCAGGAGAACAUAGUCUUGAAGUUCAGUGUGUUACCCAACACAUUCAGCUUUAUGGAUGGGUCCACCUGGAGGAAUGAAACUACUAUUCCUGCAUCAGAUAAGGCAGAACUCGCAGAAGAAAAAGAUCGGACCUCCAAUAAAGCUGUUAAGUCAAAAGUACAACAGUGGUAUCCACCACCUCAAAAGCAGUACCAGCUCCCAGUUCCCAGGAACGUCGGCCUCUUCAACGAGUAUCAGAAGAAAUACAAGAAGAAUCAGUCAUCCCCAGAAGAACGGCUGUAAAUGUCUUUUCUCAAACAUUUUUUUUUUAAACAGGCAUGUUCAAGAUUUUUUUGAAGUAUUAUGAUUGUACUGUAAAUAUAAGCUACUGGAGCUGGGUGUUGAAAUGUUUACCUCACUGACUUCUGGGUCACUUGCAGGCCGUUGAGACUUCAAACCUUUUUCUAUGCCAUGUAAUUGUAUUUCAUAUGUGUAUCAGCAUGGUCUAAUGCAUUAUUUGGAUUUCUUUGUCACAUUUUUAUACUAAGAUAUUUUCUAUUUUUUUAUUGUUUCAAUUUUUUAUUUCCUACUUUAAACUCUUUUGUUGGUUAAUGCGAGCUGCCUGCCUACCAGUUCAUGAGUCAUUUUUAUGUAGGACUGAGAAGGCUGGUGGGUAAACAAAUUUUUUGGUCAAAUUAUGUUGAAACUUUAAAGGACUGGCUGGUCAAUGUCCCACAACUUUACUACUCCGGAAAUAAAAUAACUUCUGAAGUUCA